AUGAAAGGAACGGAGUUGGGAAAGCGAGCUGUCAUGACAAGUAUCGGAGGAGGAGGUGGCAGCGCACUCAGGACAUCUUUCGUCUGUGCAGUUUGUGAAAAGAUCUUCAAUCACAAGGGCAACUUCAUGAAGCACUAUAGAACACAUACUGGAGAGAAGCCAUUCCAGUGCCCCAAAUGCCCCUAUAAAGCUACACAAAAAGCUCAUUUAACUACCCACAUGUUGGGAAGACAUGGAGAACUCCUCCAUGUGUUUAAUUCAAUGGAAAACUUGGGAAUUACAAUGCACAUAUGUAUCUGCUCCUGUGUUAGCAGGCAUUUCAGAUAUAAAGGAGAGGUUAAGGAAGAUAUAUCCAUGGGACAACGCCAGAGGGUGAUUGAUGGGCUGCCAGGGUUGACCCCCACCAGUGUCCUCCACCCUUCUUCAGCCGUACACCUCAGUCCUCACUUUCAGCCUCAAGACAGAGUGCAAGAGGCUCACCACCUGGGUAGUUCUUCAGAGGAAAGAACUAUUACUGAAGGCCCUGUUGCAGGACAUGAGAGUCAUAGUUGGGGUGAUGGCUCACAUCCACGUCUCUACCCAUGUCCUGUUUGUAAUAAGCCAUUUACACAUAAGGGGAAUCUUCGAAAGCAUAUCAGGAUACACACUGGAGAAAAGCCAUUUGCUUGUUUUUAUUGUCCCUAUCGUGCCAAUCAGAAGAUAUUACUACAGCUACAUACACAAAAGCGACAUUCACAAGCUGAUCAGAAUUGGCAAGAUAUUAAACAUAAACCAGUAAACAUGGUUGAGAUCCAGCAGAAAAGAAACUCUGCAGAUUAA